AUGCGCAAUUCGAUCCUAUUAUCAACUCUCCUCACCUUCUCCACUGUCCUUUUGCAGACCGCAACAGCCCUCCCAAACCCCCCAACACCAGACACGGACACGGACACGGAAACGGACACGGACAGGGGCACAGGCACAACCCACUACACCCCCGGCUCCCUCGCCCGGAUAAUCGAAACAAUGAACCUGCACUCUCAAGGCGCCCUCAGCGUCGGCAACGACGGUGUCCUCCGCAGCUUCACUCCGAACGGCACUGUGCUCGACUACUACCAACUCGACCCAGACCAACUGUCGAGAUUCGCCGUGAACCAGCUCGCAGCCUGGGAGGCGAGUGGCAUGAACGUGCCGGAGUCAGUUGUGACACUGGCAGCGGCCAAAAAAGGCACUGUGGAUGGGCGAUUAGUUACGGAUGUGAAGAGGUUGUUCGAGCUGGAGGAGAGGCCAGAUAUUGCGAGCGCGAUAGCUGGUGAUGGAGAUGGGCAUUUAAUCCCCGAUUCAGCUGCGAAGGAAAGGAGAGAAAUGUUUGAGCAGUUGAAAAAUCACCCUGCAAAGCGGAAUUGCGUUGGAAGACCGUGUCCCAGUCUCUCUGCUUGCUUGCCAGACUGCAUGGCAUGCUUCUUCCCUGGUGGGCCGCCGUUUGGUGUAUGUUUUCUCACCUAG